AGCACUAAUGGAAAUACCACUUUUCCAAGGGGUCUACAUGAAAGAUUCCCCCGAAUGGAAAUGCUCGCUUCCGGAACCUAAAUCAUGCCUUUCACCCGCUCCACAGCCCUCACCGAUGUGUGGCCCCAGCACGCACCCUCUUGUAAGGGUGGCAGUGUCAUGUGUCCAGCGCAUAUAUAGGGGACUUUCCUCGACCCCAUCUACUAACCUACACACUCGCUCCACCGCUUCAUUAAAAACUCUGCCAAUUUACCAAUUCCGGCGAGCCUCCUUUUCCCCAAUGUCUAUGGUGAGCUACUAGCAGCCAUAUGUGGUAGUGUGAUCCUCACGAACCUCAAGAAGCUCGUGGUGACGUGGAGGGUGAAGGAGGCGGCGCUGUGGCUUGAGAAUAAGAAGCCCUGACGGACGACGCUUCUUGGUGCUCAGCAAGUUUGGGGUGGGGUUUGGGAUGGAGAACGACUACAAGGAGUUUGAGUUCGACUCUGGGGACUCCGACUUGGAGCUUGGGCGUGAUGGGGUGGCUGAGGAAGAUAACAACGAUGAGGUUGACGAGAUCAUGUCGUUUGUCGCCAUCAAGAGGUCCCUCUCCAAAGAUGACUUAAGCACCAUGUCUAGUGCUGGUUUUCAUGAUCGUCCUGCACAAAGGUCAGCAAAAAGGAAGAGAAAGAACCAAUUCAGGGGUAUACGGCAGCGCCCCUGGGGUAAAUGGGCUGCGGAAAUUAGAGAUCCUAUCAAAGGUUUCCGUGUCUGGCUUGGUACUUUCAAUAGUGCUGAAGAAGCUGCAAGAGCUUAUGAUGUUGAAGCACGCAGGAUCCGUGGCAAGAAGGCCAAGCUUAACUUUCCAAUGGAACCAACGGUUCCUCAGAAGCAUCAUGCUCCCCCUGUUGUUCCUAAAGUACCCAAGCGAAGCACCACAAAGGAACAUAGUUUUGUACCAGCAAUUAACAACCUUGCCAACAAAAAUGCUUCCGUCUACCCAUCUGCUGACUUUGCAUCAAAGCAUCCACUUGGUCAGCCUGGGAACAUGCCAUUUGUGCCUGUAAUGAACUCUCUUGCCCCUGUUGAAGCUCCUGUUAUAAAUAUGUGCUCUGACCGGGGAAGUACCUCCUUUGGCUGCUCUAACUUGGGAUGGGAGUAUUACACCAAGACUCCACAUAUAUCAGCCACUGCUCCUAUUUCUACCAUUGCUGAAGGAGACGAAUCGCUGCUUGUCAAGGGUAACACCAACAACUCAGUGGUGCCUCCUGUUAUGGAAAAUGAUGCUGCUAAUUUUGAACCAUGGAUAAGAUAUCUUAUGGAUGAUACCGUGGAUCAGCUGAUUGAUAGCCUACUGAAUUUUGAUGUGCCUCGGGAUGUCGCUGCCAAUUUUUCGAAGGGAACCAAACCAUGUAUAUCGGAACAAAGGGAAUAAGACUAUGGAAUAUUGGGAAGCACCCUAUUGUCUCCUCCGGCUAGCAUAUGCCUAUGUUCAAGUUCAAUCUUAGAUGCAAAAAGGUUGCGUCAUGAGUCUCUAUUGUAAUUGACCCGUUCCCUAGUUCACUGUCGUUGUGUGGCAGCCAUUUAUGAGUCUGAUGAACCGUUGUCUUGUCUUUUGUCAACUUUUAUGUCGUCCCUACCAUUUCUUAAUGUCAGCAGCAUGAAUUUGUGCACCGUUUGCUUUAAUCUAUGCACUUCCUCGCA